AUGCCCGAGCACACAGAGCACGAGCACGAGCACGAGAAUGAUUAUCACUCAACCACUUCAACAGACGACAUCGAGUCGCGCAAUUCCACGGAGCACCAUGCCGACGAGGAAAAUGGACAGGCGUCCCUGCCGUUAGAGAAACAAACGACCGCAGCAUCGGGGUUAUCCGUGUUCGAGCAGCGCGCGCAAUCGGUCGUUUCGCGCAUUCGCAGUCGAGAUCCCGGGCAGACGGCCAAGUUUACGCAUCCGUUGACCCAUACGAAGACGAGUCCGGAUAUGAUCGUUGAUUUCGAGGGUCCUGAUGAUCCUUAUAGACCGUUGAAUUGGAGUUUUGGGAAGAAGGCUGUGACGACCGUGUUGUAUGGAUUGACGACGAUGGGUGCCACUUGGGCUAGUUCUGUAUACUCUACCGGCCAAGAGCAAGUUUCUUCGGAAUUCGGCGUCUCCUUGGAGGUUUCGACGCUAGGAACGUCACUGCUACUAUUCGGUCUGGGUUUGGGUCCCCUUGUAUGGGCACCUCUGUCAGAGGUGUAUGGUCGCAAACCGGCUGUGCUCGCUCCUUAUUUCAUUGCUGCGAUCAUGUCGUUCGGUACUGCGACUGCGAAGGACCUGCAGACGAUCAUGUUGACUCGAUUCUUCACGGGCUUUUUCGGCUCAGCACCUGUGACCAAUACCGGUGGUGUUCUGAGUGAUAUUUGGACACCCGAGCAACGCGGUGCCGCGAUUGUCGGAUACGCCAUGGCCGUUGUUGGUGGACCUGUCCUGGGUCCUAUUGUCGGUGGUGCGAUUGUUCAGAGCUACCUCCACUGGCGAUGGACUGAAUAUAUCACUGGUAUCAUGAUGAUGUUCUUCCUUCUUCUUGACCUCAUCUUCAUUGAUGAGAGCUAUCCGCCCGUCCUUCUAGUCUACAAGGCACGAAGACUUCGCUUUGAAAGCGGCAACUGGGCUCUCCACGCUCGGCAUGAAGAGUGGGACGUAACCCUCAAAGAACUGGGCAACAAGUAUCUCGUGCGACCCUUCCAACUGCUCGCCACCCCCAUCUGCUUCCUUGUGGCAUUGUACGCCUCCUUCGUCUACGGCAUCCUCUACCUCAGUCUAGCAGCAUUCCCCAUCGUCUUCCAAGAAAUUCGAGGCUGGAACCAGGUCGUCGGCGCUCUACCUUUCCUCGCCUACCUAGUGGGUAUCCUCAUCGGCGCUGUAAUCAACCUCUCCAACCAGCGCUUCUAUCUCAAGCGCUUCAAGGCAAACAACAACCGCCCAGUCCCCGAGGCAAGACUUCCACCGAUGAUGCUCGGCUCCGUUCUCUUCGCAGCCGGCAUGUUCGUCUUCGGCUGGACAAGUCCCAAGCACAUCCACUGGAUAGGCCCCAUCAUCGGCGCCGUCAUGAUGGGCUUCGGCUUCUUCACUAUCUUCCAAGCUGCUCUCAACUACCUGAUCGACACUUUCCAGAAAACCUCCGCCAGCGCGAUCGCAGCAAACACUUUCCUGCGCUCCGUUUUCGCGGGUUGCUUCCCGCUUUUCACAAGCGCUAUGUUCCAUAACCUUGGCGUGCCAUGGGCGGCUAGCAUCCUGGGCUUCAUUUCCGUUGCUCUGAUCCCCAUUCCGUAUCUUUUCUAUACGUAUGGACGGCGGAUUCGAGCACGGGGUCAGUGGUCGCGUGACUCUCUUUAG